ACCACGCUACAAAUCUCGUUCCGAAAUCUCGCGAUAACUCGCGACAAAACACCGGUGGAAAAACAGUUACCUGACUGAGGUGAAGAGAGACGACCGAAGUGAUUUUGUAUUGGACUAAGUUACCGAAGACUGUUAGUUUAGUUUUAUAGAAAAGGAUAAAAGUAAAACAAUGGUUCGUGAGUGCGCAUUUCCAAACUGUGGCAACAAAAUGUUGCGCUACUCUUCGCGCAGCUUUCAUAGACUACCUUACUUCAACACGGACACACUGAAGUUAUGGCUAGCUGUGCUACAAAUGGAUGCCGACACUCCUGUUGAUGUACUGCGCCGUGCCGACCACAGGGUCUGCAGUGAUCACUUUGAUCGGGAUGACUACUGCCAGUCAAAGAAGAGACCAAAUCCGAAGCACCUUUACCUAAAGAAAAGUGCAGUCCCAAGAUGGGAGACACCAGCUGCAUGCAGAGUGCAGGAGGCUGAUGGUGGUGAUUCUCCACAAGCAACAGAAUUUGCUGCAGUCCCACAAUCCACUCCUGUCAAAACGCAACACAGAGCAGACGAAGAUCCAUCUCAAUCAAGAGGUCCUAAUCUCUCAUCUUGCUUGAAAGUUCUUCUUUCAAGUCCCCAUCAGACCACACCUCGCACCAAGCCAUCAUUGUCCGGGACCUAUCUGGCACUACCUCCUACUUGGACACAAUCAGUGACUGCCCCUGCAUCAACUGCAGCUUUGACUGUCCCGCAUACAGACAGUGAGGAUCCAUCACAAUCUCAUCAGGAAGAUGCAGCUGAAGCUGACUUGACUGAUAUGAGCAUGAGCUUCGGGGAGAUGGAUAUUCAUGAUCCAACAGACAGCAGUUUUGCACCUCAAAGCACCACCUCAUCUUCUGCCACAGGAUCUGCUUCUGCCUCUGCCUCAGGAAGCCCCCCUGGAGAUGCACCAACAGGAUGGGCUGAGAAGAAAUGGCUGGUAAAUGACUCAAAGCUCAUGGAACUUUUUAAAAGAUGCAGCCAAUGUGGGUGUGCCAUUAUUGAAAAGAAGGUCACUACAAAAUCAAGCCAAAUAAAAAUUGAGUGGAGCUGCCUGAAUGGACACUCAGGAAAGUGGGCAUCUUGUCCUGAUAGAAGAGGGAUGGCUGAAAAUAAUUUAUUGGUAUCUGCAGCCAUACUUUUUACUGGAGCUACAUACACCACCAUUGCAGAGUGGGCUGAACUACUGAAUGUCCAAAUCCCGAGGCAAACUCAGUUUUAUGCCGUUCAGUCGACCUACCUCAUUCCAGUCAUCCAGUACGCAUACAGAGACCAACAUGAAAAAAUCAUGGAGCGCCUCAUUACAUCUGGAAAGAGAGUUGAACUCUGUGGUGAUGCCAGAUGUGAUAGUCCUGGUUACAGCAGCAAAUACUCAACUUACUCUUUCCAAGAUGAUGCAACAAAAGAAAUUGUGCAUUUUGAAUUGGUUGAGGUUACAGAGGCAUCCAGCUCUGUGGCGAUGGAGGCAAUGGGGUUCCAGAGGGGGCUGAACCACUUGCUAUACAUGGGUGUGGAUGUUGGUGUUAUGACAACAGACAGGUCGCCGUCUAUCCGCAAAAUCAUGAGGGAAACAUACAGCAACAUCCACCAUGAAUUUGACCCCUGGCAUGUCAACAAAAGUGUGAAGAAGAAACUUGUAGCUGCUUCAAAGAAGACAGAAAACAAAGAUCUCCAACCGUGGGUGAAGUCCGUCUCUAACCACCUCUACUGGUCAUGUAGCUCAUCAAAAGGUGAUCAAGAGGAUAUUGUGCGACGAUGGAAGAGCCUACUGCAUCACAUUUGUGGCGUCCAUAGAUGGGAGGAGGAUGGUGUUGAGUACACCUGUCAUCACCCAGCCCUGACCGAACAGCAGCAGAGAAGGAAGAAAUGGCUUCAAGAAGAUUCGUCAGCUUUCCGGGCCCUCAAGGCAGUCGUAUUGGACAAGAAUCUCCUGCGAGACUUGAGGCAGAUGGCACGCUUCAAGCAUACUGGUUCUUUGGAGGUCUACCACUCUUCCAUGUUGAAGUAUGCAGAAAAGAGGCUGCACUUCAAAUACGACUCCAUGAGGGCCCGUACUCAGCUGGCAAUCUUGGAUCAUAAUGCCAACAUUGGCAGACCACAGGAAACAACAACAGAAGUCUAUGUUGAGAGCCUUUGCCCUGUCGCAAACCACGCCGAAGAUUACUGCACAACAUAG